AUGGCCGGGACUCGAGCCACAGCCUCUCAAGCCUGGGCCAUUUUGAAGCGACACGCUCGGGACGAAAUUGAGCCAUUGCGAUUACAAGAGUUAUGCAAAGACAACGAACGAGUAUCUUCCUUAGUCUCCGUCCACAAUGCCAAUGCCAACCGCAUGGUGGUGAUAGACUUGUCCCGUCAGCGCAUGACGUUGGAGACGCUGAAUCAUCUGUUGCGAUUAGCUUCUGCUCGCGGGAUUCGUGGUAGUAUCAAACGAUUAGCUUGGGGCGACAACGAUCCCGACAAUCCAGUGCGACUGCGAAACCGAGAUCGCACUCGUCGCAACAGCAGCAACGAACAGUCUACCGAAAAGCCAAAAGCGCAAAUGUCCUAUUACUUGUCUUUACGAGCUCCAGAAGGCUCUCGCAUGUUAAAUUCCGAGGGAGGCAACGCCUUGCGCAAGAUCCACUAUGAAUGGGACCGGAUUAAGCAAGUCUCCGAAUCCAUACGGCGGGGUCAGCAUCAUGGAAUCACGGGAAGCAUGAUCAAGGAUGUAAUUGUAGUGGGACGGGGGGUCCCUAUCAUGGCGCUUCGUUUUGUCUACAUGGCGUUAUGUAAGGACCAAACGGCUGCGAUUGUACGAAAGGCAGGAUUGAAUGAUAUCAACAAUCGAUUGCGAUUGGGAGGUGGAGGAACUCGUCGAAUUAAAUUCUUGACCUCGGUGGAUCCCGUUCGGGCAGCAGCGGUGAUUGGAGAUUUGGAUCCGUCUUCUACCAUGGUGAUUAGCAUUGCCAUGAAUGGAAAUGAAGAGACGAUGGUGGCAACCAGUACCUUGAAAGCUUGGUUGUUGCAGGGAAUGGAGAAGAACGGAAAUGGAGCCGCUGUCAUUGCCAAACAUAUGAUGAUUGUGACUGCAAAUCGCAAAAUUAAUACAGAGUUGAAGCGGGACAAUGUCUUUGUUCUUCCCGAUGGGGCAGCAUGUGAACCCUUUUCAACUUUUACUGCUGCUACAUUAUUGCCACUGGCUAUUGUGUUUGGCUGGCAACUCACGCGACAAUUCGUGGAUGGAGCGCACACCAUGGACAACCACUUUGUGGAAACUAACCCUCGACACAAUCUACCAGUACUGCUGGCGCUGACGGAUGUCUGGAACGAUUUACUGCUAUCUUCCAAUGGUCGCAUCAUCUCACCGUUUGCCGAAGCAUUAGCAGCCUAUCCUGCUUUUUGUGCCAACCUGGAAGCCCAGACUUGCGGAAGCGCAUCAAAUUCCCAGCGAGUAUCACAAUUGGUGAUUGAUGGUGGCUUAAACCAUUCCUAUGACAAGGCACUAUAUUCUGCAAACAAGAUAUUUCCAUCAGAAUUGAUCAUGGCUCUGGAUUCACAAACUUCCUUCAAUGCGUCGUCCAAGGAUGAAGAUGUACAUGCGGCACAAGACUUGUUGAUAUGCUCCGUUUUUGCACAUGCCGAUGAGCUUGCUUUUGGCAGUGUCGAGACCGGAAUCAUGUCGCUGCUUGAACCCAACCCAGAACCAAAGGAAGCUGCAUGCUCGGAUGGGAACCGACCUAGUGCCCUGAUCAUUUGCGAUAGGUGUGAUGCCUUUGCUUGUGGACAACUAGUGGCAUUAGCCGAACACAGAGCUGUAAUCAAGGCAUGGAUAUGCGAUUCUGACCCAUUCUCAAAGGUAGAGGGAUCUUCCAUUCGAGUGAACAGAACAGAAUCACUGAAACAGAGGCUAGACGGAAUGUUUGCGAAAUUGUCUAGAGGUGAAGAGCUAGACGAAGAUGACGAGGAAUCAGACGAUGGGAAAUCAUUCAAUCUCUCUACAACGACGAUUCUUCGUCACUAUGCCAACAUGAUGAAAGAUGAACGUGUCUACCCGGUGACGUGA